UUGGAGUUAUCAGUAAUUCUGUCACUCUAGUCGAGAGAAGGGUGGACACUCAUUUUCCUAAUCCUGCCAGACCAGUCAAGAAAAUGAGACGCCCUUCGGUUUGGCUGCUCUCCGUGGCGACAGCUGCGCUGCUAAUUAACUCUGGAGAUGCCUUCGGGUCCCGCAGUUUCUGGUUCGAAGGACUGCCGGAUCCUCCAGCUGCCAGAUCCGCCGGGACGCCAAGCAUUGCGUGGAUAGAGCAGCCAGUCGACCACUUCAAUCCCCGUGAUAAUCGAACGUGGUCCAUGAGAUACUACGAGAAUGAUCAGUUCCUUUCCGAAUCGAAUGCCCCAAUCCUCAUAAUGAUCGGUGGAGAGUGGGAAAUCACUCCAGGGUGGCUGCGAUCCGGUCAGAUGUACAACCUUGCUUCGACUUAUGGUGCGAUGAUGUACUAUACGGAGCAUCGAUACUAUGGUGAAAGUUAUCCAACCAAUAACACGAGCUCCGAGAAUCUGCAGUACCUAAACGUGGACCAGGCCCUAGCAGAUCUGGCCUACUUCAUCGAGAUCGUGAAGAAACAGAGAAACCUUGAAAACAGUACGGUCGUGCUUUUCGGUGGUUCAUACGCCGGAAACAUGGCAGCUUGGGCUCGAAUAAAAUACCCUCAUCUGAUAAAGGGUGCUCUGGCCAGCAGCGCUCCCAUUCUUGCGAAAGCUGACUUUUACGAAUACUACGAGGUUGUCACGGUGGCUUUGUCCAGGUACAGUACUCAGUGCUCUGUAGAUGUAAACGACGCCUUCCUGGCCGUGGAAGAGCUACUGCAAACCAGCACCGGUCCCGAGACGCUGAAGAGAUUUUUCAACCUCUGUAACGACAUCGAUACGUCUUCCUGGCAAGAUGUGGCUUCCCUGUUGAACACGCUUGCCGGGGUUUUCGCUGGAGUCGUUCAGUACGACGCGGUUGAUUCCACGGGGCAGUCGAGCGUCGGAAGGAUGUGCGACGUUAUGACGGCGACGUAUCUAGGCUCGCCUCUCCAGCGUUUGGCGUACUUGACGAGCUGGUCCACCUGCGUCGACACCAGCUACGCGAGCUUGGUUGAGGCCUACAUCAACGAGGACUGGAACUCUUAUGCAGCUACCAGUGCAAUGCGGCCAUGGUACUACCAAACAUGUACCGAGUACGGCUACUACCAAACGGCAAACUCCGACAAGUCCGUCUUUGGCACCCUGUUUCAGAUUGAAUUCUUCACCGAACUCUGCAAAGACCUCUACGGUGACUACUACAACGAGUAUCUCCUCGACUCCGCCGUCACCAGGACGAAUAUCGUAUACGGUGGGCUUAGACCGGAGGUGACAAACGUUAUAUUUACGAACGGAGAUCUCGACCCUUGGCACGCUCUCUCGGUCCUCGAGGAUCUGAACGAGUCGUCACCAGCAAUUCUGGUUAUGGGAACCUCUCACUGCCAAGAUCUCUACAGCGACCUCUCAACGGACUCCGCAGAGAUGACCGCAGCCAAGGCCAGAGUCCGUGAACUAGUUGGCCAAUGGUUAUCCUAAGCCCUUUCUUCCUUUUCUAUCGGCACUCCCUGGCACGAUUUUUCGGCUUAUCGUUAUACAUCUUACAAUUUGAUUUUUCUGUUAUACAUUGCAAAAGAAUGUAAAGCUUAAUAAACGUUGAAAGAAGUUGAAGAGUAAUAAAUUUCUGUUCGACUGAGUACAAAGAAGAUCAUCCUCUAGUGGUCGGAGAAGAAACACUGAAUUAAUGUGAAAUAAUAAUAAGUCAUGACGAUUAAGUAGGUGGGUCAAGAAAGUUUUAAAGACACACCGUUGGAAGAAAAAAAUCUUUUAUUAAAUCUAAAAACAUAUGUAAAAACACAUUAAGUCGUUGUAUUAAAUUCUAAGCCUAAUUUUACCGCGCUUCACGGAGCGAGACUUCUGUACAAAUGCUUGUCCGGUGUGCUGCGAUAAGCAUUAAUUAUAAUUCCACGGUAGAACGAUGAUAUCUAGAGCCAAAAGAACGUACGUAACACUACUGCUAUCACGCCAACGUUAUAAACAUACCUGUAAUUACCAUCUUAUAACACAACAGUGUCAAGUUCGUUCCCAAUUUACCGACCGAUGCAAUGUUCCGAGGAUCUAUUUGGCCCUUCCCUACUCG